AUGAAACGAGUUCAAAAACAGUUGAGUAUUUCAGCAUUUACCCAAAUAAAAAGAAAUAAAACAGACAAUCCUACUUCUGAAAAUGUAUCAAUUGACCAAGCUAACUUAUCAGAACUACCUUCAAUUAGUAACAAUGAUACUGAUAAUCACAACAUUGCUUUGACUCCUAAUUCUAAUAAUAGUAUGUCUAAUGAUUCUGAUAAGACUCUCACAGCUGGGGAAAAUGAUAUUGGUAAUUAUGUGCAUAAUUUAGAAAUUGAUGAUUUAAAAAAAGAAGAACUUUUAAAAACUCCAUGGGUACCGCAUUCGACACCAUGCGUUUUGUUCGCUCGAGAAAAAGGAGGUAAAGGUGGCCAUCAACAAUUAGGCGCACUUGUUUCUAAAGAGUAUGCUAAAUGGAAAAAUGCUCUGCAAGAUUUUCAAUUACAUGCUAGUACGUCAUAUCACAAAUUGUGUGUUGAAAAAUCUGAUAGUUUUUUAAAAGUGAAUAAAGGAAGAUCUAAAAACAUAACUGAACAACUCAGUAUUGAACGUUCUAGACAAAUAGAACAAAAUAGAAACAUUUUACUUUCUGUUAUAAAAACAAUAAUUCUUUGUAGUAUGCAAGAAAUUGCUCUCCGAGGUUCAAACGAUUUUGGAAAUGUAAUGAACAUAAAUUCUUUUAACGACGGAAAUUUCAGAGCACUUUUACGCUUUCGCGUUGAUUCUGGUGACACUAUUUUAGAAGAACAUUUGAAAAAUGGUCCAAAAAAUUCAUUGUAUACUAGUCCUAGAAUUCAAAAUGAGAUUAUUUCGAUUUGUGGUGAUAUAAUUAAGUCAAAAAUAAUCCAAAGAGUUAAUGCUGCCGAGUGCUUUUCUGUGUUAGCAGACGAAACUACAGACAUUGGAAGAAUUGAGCAAAUGUCUGUAUGUUUGCGUUAUUAUGAUCAAGGCGAUAAAAAAAUACGUGAAGACUUUUUAGAAUUUACACCUGCUGUCGAUCUUACUGGAAAAGGACUAGCAACUUUAAUAAAAAGUAGUUUGCAAAAUAACGGCAUUAACUGCCAGUUUCUAGUUGAUCAAGGCUACGACGGUGCCUCUGCAAUGAGUGGUUAUUUACAUGGUGCUCAAGAAUACAUAAAAAAAGACUUCCCCAUGGCUCUUUAUGUACACUGCAGUGCUCAUUCACUCAAUCUUGCGUUGGCAAACGCCAGCUCAUUGCCCACAAUAAGGAACUGUAUAAGCACCAUUCAAACUGUCGGAACAUUUUUUCGCUCUUCUGCUCAACGUAGUGAAGUAUUGAGAAUAUCUAUCAUCGAAACUCUUCCACAGGCAAGACAUAGCACGUUAGUGGCAUUAUGUGAAACACGCUGGGUUUACAAGCAUGAAAGUGUCUUGCGGUUCAAAGAACUAUAUCCAGCUAUUAUUGUUGCAUUAGAAAAAUUAGAAUCUUCAAUAAAUAAAGAAACAGCUCAAAAGUCUUGUCAGUUAUUAAGUUCAAUUAAAGACGCUAAAUUUGUUAUACCUCUCAUAAUAAUUGAAAAUAUUUUUUCCUAUACGUUAACAUUGUGUAAACAAUUACAGACAAUAAAUGCUGAUUUGGUUGAAGCAUGUAAUCAUGUAGAUGAUGUGUUAGCAAUUUUGGACGAAAUGAGAGAAAAUAACAAUAAACAUUUUUCAGACAUGUUUUCCGUUGCUGCAUUAAUGAUGAAUAAAAAUAAAAAAGAAAUAGAUUUUCCUCGUUUUGCUAAUAGACAAACACAGCGUAAUAAUGUACCCGCUAAUAGCUCUGAAGAAUAUUACAAACUUAACAUUUUUUUGCCAUUUCUUGACCAUAUAACAAUACAGCUUUCUGAUAGAUUUCAGAAACACAAAUUUUUAAUAAAAUCAUUACAAAAAAUUAUUCCGAGUAAAUGUAUACAUUCCACUAGUGAAGAAAUGAAUGACUGUGUACAGUUUUAUUCCCAGAUAUUGACAGAACCUACUGUUUUCAAAGCUGAAUUUUCAAUAUGGAAAUCAAAGUGGCUUAAAGAAGAGUCACGCCCUAAUACAGCAAUUGAAGGGCUUGACAAUUGUAACAUACUUUUGUUUCCAAACAUAUGGAAACUCUUACAAGUCUUAGCAACUAUACCUAUGUCAACGGCGACACCAGAAAGAACAUUUUCUUCUUUAAAAAGAUUGAAAACGUAUCUUAGGAAUUCGACUGGUGAAACUCGUCUCAACGGAUUAGCAUUAAUGUCAAUACACAGAGAAAUAAAUGUUGAUCCAGAAGAGGUACUAAGUCGGUUUGCAAAACAGUCGAGGAGAAUGAUGUUACUCUAA